AUGACCGUCACUUUGCACAGAGGCAGCGUCAGCAAAGGCCAUAAGCCGAAGGUGACGGUGAAAGACCUCAGCACGCUGGGCUCGGCCUUUAAAGCGGCUGGGAAGAAGCGAUGGGCACGGUUGGACAAGGAUACAGAGACAGAGGUGAAGAGCGGCACUCGCUUCGCCUUACCCUGCAAGGUGACCCAGAAGGCCAAACCUGCCAAGGCGGGAGAGAAGCAACAGUCUCUCCACUCUUGCUUCGCACUCUAUUUCCUGGAGGACGCUCCGACAGGUGGCUGGCCGACUCCUAUCCUUUCCGAUGAGGAAGUCGCCGAGUUGGCGGCUCUUGGUCGAGGCGAGCAGGCGGCAGACUCCCCCGGAGCUGCAGCCCCGGACGAGGAUGCUUCCAAGGAGGAGGCCAAGAAGACCGAUGUCGCCUCCGAGUCGAAGGGCAAGGAGGCCAAAGCCAAGAAGAAGACGUCGGAAGCUCCCGAGGAGGAGACGCCCGUGCCGACCGCUGGUCCUAAGGACAAAGCAGGAAGCAAGAAAAAGAAGAAAGAGGAGAGCUCUGCUAGCGAAAAGCCCGAUGAGAAAGCCGAAGCUGUUGAUUCAGAGGAAGACGAGGGCCAGGACGAAGAGCAGCCGAAGCUCGCUUCGGAGAGUGACGGGGAGAAGCCUGACAAGGACGGCGAAGACGAGGAGGACGCAGCCGUAGAAGUCAAGGCAGAUUCCGACAGUGAGGAGAAGGAGGAGGCAGAAGCCAAGGCGGAUUCCGACAGCGAGGAGAAAGAGGAGGCCGAAGCCAAGGCAGAUUCCGACAGCGAGGAGAAAGAGGAGGCCGAAGCCAAGGCGGAUUCCGACAGCGAGGAGAAGGAGGAGGCCGAAGCCAAGGCGGAUUCCGACAGUGAGGAGAAGGAGGAAGCAGAAGCCAAGGCGGAUUCCGACAGCGAGGAGAAGGAAGAGGAGGCCGAAGCCAAAGCCGACGACUCUGACAGCGAAGAGAAGGCUGAGGCAGAAGAAGCCAAGGAGGACUCUGAUAGCGAAGAGAAGCCGGCUGCUCAAGAGGACUCAGACAGCGAGGAGCAGCAGAAGAAGGAGUCUGAAAGCAGCGCGGAAGAGUCUCCAGUUGCGCGCAAGAAGUCCGAUUCCGAGAGUGAAAAGCACGCAAGAAAAAAGAGGCGAGCCAACCGCCGAAAGGACUCCUCGGAAGGGUCUUCCUCUGCACAGAAGGCCAGGGCGAGAAGAAGAAAGGAGCACCGAAGAAGUGCCAGCAAACGCCGGCGAAGGAGUGGUCGAAGAUCCCGGCACCGUCGCAGCCGCAGCCGCUCGCGCCGGCGGCGCUCGGAGGGCCGCGGCCGACGAGACGCCGGCCGGGACAAGAAGGACAAGGAAGACCGAAAGGAAGACCGCAAGGACGACCGCAAGGAGGAUCGGAAGGACGACCGGAAGGAGGACCGGAAAGAUGAGCGGAAGGAUGAACGCAAGGAGCGAGCGCGCCGAAAGGCCACCAGCAGCCCCGAGCCGGCAGCACGCCGCAAACAGGCCGCGACGCAGAGAGCGUCGCCAAGCUAUCAGGCCGAGAAGAAGGCGAAGGUGUCCAAGCCCUCCGAGGACGACGCCGCCGCCAAAGAGGCCGAAAGAGCCAAAGCAGAGGCCAAGAAACAAGCGGAGGAAGAGGCAGCCGCCGAGGCCAAGCAGAAAGAGGAAGCUGCCGCCAAGGCCAAGGAAGCGAAAGAGGCCAAGGAAGCAGAAGAAGCUCGGGAAGAACGUGAAAGGGAGGCGGCGAAGAAGGCGGAGGAAGCCAAGGAAGCCGAAGAAAGCAAAGAUGACGAGGAUGCCGAGGAAGCCAAG